CAUUUUGGCUGACAAAAGGCAAAUUUAAAAAAAUGUACAGGAUGUUGCCACUACAGUAGAUACCAUCCACAAAACCACUACAGUAAAUACCAUCCUCCAACAAUACAGCUGAGACAUGUAAGUCACUGUCCUUACUAUAUUUCUAAUAGCUAUUUCCUGCCCUAUCACAUAACACCUAAUUCAUCUAGUAUGCCUGAGUUUACUAAAUACAGGCAUGUUUAAAAUUUCAUGAUUUAAGAGCAUAUCAUUGGCAACUUGAUACUACAUAAUGGGUUUAAUAGUCAAAUGGGGGGGGGGGAAUACCAAGCAGGGGAAAAGUCGUUUCAAACUCUUCACUAAAGAAUUAGGACUAUCUGCUAGCCUGAAUAGCCAAUCUGGCAAAGUAUCACUGAGCACAGAAGGCUAUGCUUCCAAUAUCACGCAGUCCACACAAUAUUUCUCUAAUAAGUGCUUACUCCAUGCUUUGCUGGAAAAUACAUACUUAUUCCAAGACUAUUAAAAAAAUCCAGUAACUGCAUAUUAAAAAUACAUCAAAUGUUUCAUCAGCCAUAAGCUUAUCCUCAUUGCACAUGACAGAAACUUAGGUUAGAAAUGAUUGGCUUCCUCAACACAGAACUAAAUAUUUACUCUCUGGGCAAGCUUAAAGUUCUACUGUUUAUAGGGUACAUCUGCCAUUUUAAGAAGAAUGGACUGAAAUGGCAGAUUGUUUCCUAUCCAUUUUCCAUCUGUGAGAAAGGGGUGGGAAACAAUUUCAUUCCACAUUAUCAUCCAUUAGUUUCAAUGGGGAGGAAAUUGCCCGAAGCAAUAGGAAAUAGAACAGGAUUUCAAAGUGAAUGGCUCCAAUCUUGGAAACCUUUCAGGAGGGCCAAAAGAGAACCAAGGCUCCUUUUAAUCUGCCUAGGUUUAAGGCCUUCUGCCAGUAGAAACAGCUAUGUCUCCAGUUUGAUCCCAGUUUUGAUCUCUGCUCCAUCAAUGAAGCUACUUUUUCAAUAUGUAAAACUACAUAAUUUGCAUACUUGUAGAUUUUGUAGAUAAAUUCUCUGCAUGUUCAGCUAGAACACCUAUUUGUUAAAUCAGCACAAAAGCUAAUAUUUCUGUACAGACAAAACUGUACAGAAGUGUUUAUUUGCAGAAGUAAAUUUACCCAAUACUAGAAUAAUGCAAGAGUGAUGAGGAAAAAAUAGAAGUGAUUUGUAUGGUAAAUUCAAAUGAUGGAAAAUAGGAAGUAUCACCACACCUCUAAUACAAAUCCUUUUCCAAUAGAUUAUGAAUAUCCAAUUAAAGAUCCAAUCCUUUAUUCUUAUCCUCACAAAAUCAGCACUCUGAUGCUCUGGGCUAAAACCAUUUUUGUGGCAAAUAAAAUCUCCUACGCUCCCUAUCUGGUCAGAGGGGAAAAAAUCCCACCCUUUCUCUUUCUGCAAAAGGGAAGAAUAAAUGUAAUUACCUCCUCCUACAUUCCUCACUCCUUUAUCUUGCUUUUAUCUUUUCUUCAGAGGAUCUUAUCUUUUCCACCCAAAUCUUGAUAGCUUGCCUUACGGGGAAGCAGGACAGAUUAUACCCUGUCUGCAAGGCACUUGUGACUCCGGCAUCAAGUGAGCAGUUCCAACACAGGCUAAAAGGAAGGCAAUAUCUACAAAUCUGGGCUGCUUACAUUACAAUAAACUGAUACAUCUGUAUGCAUUUGUUAUAGGAAAUGAGGACAAGCCUUUGCGGGUACAUAUAUACAUAUAAAUAAAAUUACACAUUUUGUUUUGAAACGUUUAUCUUUGGGACUAAGGCAGGGUUAAAUCCUAAAACAGGUUAGCAUUUGAAGUUCUUCCUUUAAAAACACAAAUGUGUGUUGCAGCAUUAAAUAUAUUAAAGCCUUGCUAAACCAUUUUAAAGUUACAUUUAAAUGGCUUAAAUGCUGGAGCUGAGUAUCUAAAGAACAACAUGCUUGUCUAUGUAAUGACAUAGGGAAGGUAGUAACUGAAGGGAAGCAUUCAAUUGGCUAGUGGUUACCAGCAUCUCUGAAUCAAUAUAAUGCAGCCAUGGGCUAGAACCAGAAAGUCCCAAGUACAAAUUAAUUUUAAGGCACAAAAAUGUCUUUGUCUCUUUCCAUCAAAACCUACUACUCACAGACUGCUUGCAAGGAAAAAUUAAAAGAGUACUAUGUAUGCCACUUUCAACUUUUGGAGGAAAGACACAUGAAAAGCAAAUAAAUAAAUAUCCUGUGCUAGAAAUGAAAACAAGGGCGAGUACACUGGAAAAUGUUACUUAUCACCUCAACAACAAAGCAACUUUGUUUUUAUGUUCUGGGACUUAAUUAAAACAACUAUGAGGAAGUGAAAUUAAAUUACUCACACACAUAUUUUCUGAAUGUUUUGAACAAAUUCCAAAAUUCUUGGGAGUAUGUCAAGAGGCUAUGACUAAAACCAGAAAGUUGUCAGAAAAGGAAAAAACAAACUGGAAGGGUUUUUUCCCCCCUGAUUUUUAGUUUUCUACAUUCAUCCCCACAUCUGUAAAAUGACCCAAGAGAAUCUAGCUGGGAAAAGCUGAUUUACAAUUUGCUAUGUACCAAGGCUCAGAGUAACAUUACCCUCCAGCUUUAGAUAAACUGAUUACUAGAAGCUCCUUCUCGUGUGAUUUCACAAUGAAAGAGAUUGGAAAGACAUUGUACUUUGAAUCUGUGUGGAGACAGAACAAAUAAAAAGAAUAGUUUGAAAGGACCGUAAACACUUCUUAACAGGAAAAUGAAGCUUUCCGAUUUUUUAAAAAAUGGUCCCACAAUAACAGGAGACAGAAGUCUGCUUUGGCAGAAGCAACAGCAAGAGAUUCAAUAACUUUCCCUGUAAGAAUUAAUUUUUGUCUAUUCUUCCCUAGUGGGCAUUUAUGCUUUAUAUGUGGAGUUUCCAAGAAAUGAAAGUGUAUCCCAUCUAUUCUGAGGGGGAAACAAUCAUGCAAUAAGAACAAUCAGGAAGUGGGGGAAAUGAACUCUGGGCUGCUUUGGCCUUCAAAAUAUCUCAACUCUUUCUCUUCCCAGUCCACAAAUGGAGUCCAGUUACUUGUUUUCAGUUGUAAGACUACAUCUAGGAUUUCGUUCCAUUACACUUAACAGAAUUUUCUUCCUAACAGACCCUUAUGGGUUUGGGCCAAAUCCUAAACCAAAGUCGGUUCCCGGCUUGAAAACUUUAAAUGAUCGAGGAGAAGAAGAUAAAGAGGAAGAGUCGAUUUCCGCUUUAGCACAAUAGCCUCGCCAGGCUAUGGUGGAGAGGUAGCAGGACCCACCCAAAGCCACACCGUUUCCGAGCAGUCAUUCGCCGAUUGUGCAGUACGAAAGCCAAUCCAGCUCAGACAAUGGGGACAAUGGGGUCAACCAGAGAAGCGGCGACGCACCUCACCAGGUGUGCAAAUCGAGUACAAAAAUGAGGUGGUGUUAGUGCUGCAGUAGGUUAUCCAUUGGAUACAGUAAAGGUGAGAAUUCAGACAGAAGCACAGUAUCGUGGAAUAUGGCAUUGUAUGAGAGAUAUAUAUAGAACUGAAAGGGUGCCAGGUUUCUUCAAAGGGAUUUCAAUGACGGUUUUAAUGGCAUCACUGAUUUCAUCAUUUUCAUUUGGAAUCUAUAAAAACUUCCUUUAUGGUAUCUGUAGAUUACGAUAUGGGUCUGCAGACAGAAAACCAUCAAAUGUGGAUAUAUCUUUUGCAGGUUGUAUUACUGGAGCUGUCCGGGUUGUGCUAAUAUCACCUGCAGAAAUAGCUAAAGUAAGAUUACAGAUCCAGAAAGAGCCACAUUCCUUAAUAGGAUCAUCUCAUCCCUUUGACUUCAGACCUAAGUAUCAAGGUUCUUUGCAUUGUUUGAGGACAAUAGUGAAAGAAGAAGGCCUUGCAGGUCUAUACAAAGGAUCUUUGGCUCUGUUGGGCAGGGAUUGUCAUUCAUGUGGAGUGUAUUUUCUCACCUACUCUGUCAUGUGUGACUGGCUUACUCCAACUGGUAAAAACAAACCAGACUUGUGGGUUGUGCUUCUAUCUGGGGGCUGUGCUGGUGUUCUUGCCUGGGGUACAGCAACCCCAAUGGAUGUCAUUAAAGCCCGAAUGCAAGCAGAUGGUGAUGGACAGCAUAAAUAUACUGGACUAAUACAUUGUGUCAGAGACAGCGUAAGAGAAGAAGGAGUAAGAGUUCUUUUUAAAGGCCUUGGACUAAACUCGCUUCGUGCAUUUCCUACAAAUAUGAUGAUAUUCUUAACUUAUGAAGUUGUUCUUAGGCUUGGGAAACGUUUGGAGAAAUGAAGAUUUUAUUUCAGCAUCAUUCUAUAAGUGAUUACCUAUUUUUAAAGCCAAUUUAUUUAAAUACUUUUUCAGAAAACUCUUGUGAUGAUAAAUUAUCUUUAUGUUUGCAAAUCUCAGAACUGGAUGUGUGCAUUAAAACCUCUCAACAGUUUUUUUUCCUGGUGGGGGGGUGUGUAGCCUGAGGGAAAAAAAUUAGGAUGCUUUAUUUUAUGAACCAUAAUUGCGAACAAGAGUUAGAAUGAGGUUCACAUUGUUAGAAUGUGCUACAUUUAACAAACAAACAAAAAUGACUAAUCUUCUAGGAGCUAAAGGCCUGCUGUAGCUCAUUCUUUUAAUCAAUCCAAGAGGGUCAGAAUUGUAACUCAGUCCUGACUGUAUUUUCUUUUGACUAAACAUGUUUUAAAAAAUGACUCCUUGAAGAUUAAAGACACUGUUAAAAUAAGAUAACAUUUCAAUUGUAGUCUAUACCUCAUCUAAGCUUAAAAAUCAUUGGUGGGGAGGGAGGGUUUCAACACAUUUAAACAAUGACUAUGUUGCCAACUUACUUAAUUAUGAAAUACUGACAACUAGCCUCCAUGUCAAAGGAUUGUUUCUCAAUCCAAAUAGUACGCACAUUUUGAGACUAUAAAAAUUGGGUAUUUUUUUAAAAAAUAAA